GACCCAGCGAUCAUGGAAAAGUAUGAGAUUUUGUACGAGCUGAGGCCUGGGGCCUUAGGGGUGAACCUGGUGGUGGAGGAAACAGAAACCAAAGUUAAGCACGUGAUAAAGCAGGUGGAAUGCAUUGAUGAGCAUCAGGCCAAUGAGGCCCUGGAGGAGCUGAUGCCACUGCUGAAGCUCCAGCACACUCACAUUGCUGUGUACAAAGAGAUGUUUAUUACAUGGAACGAGGAGAUCUCCUCCCUGUUCCUCUGUCUGGUGAUGGAGUUCAACAAGGUCAGCUUCCAGAAUGUCAUUGAGAGGAAGAGGAAGGCAAAAGAGGUCAUUGAGCCCAAGUGGUUGCAGGACGUGCUGGGCCAGGUGCUGGACGCACUAGAAUACUUGCACCAGCUAGACAUCAUUCACAGGAACCUCAAACCCUCCAACAUCGUGCUUGUCAGCAGCAGCCACUGCAAACUGCAGGAGCUGAGCUCCCACACACUGAUGGUUGAUGAAGCCAAGUGGAACGUCCGUGCAGAGGAAGACCCCCUUCAUAAGUCCUGGAUGGCACCUGAAGCUCUCGGAUUCUCCUUCAGUCAGAAAUCUGACGUCUGGUCCCUGGGCUGCAUCAUCCUCGACAUGACCAGCUGCUCCUUUGUGGAAGGCACAGAAGCCAUGCACCUCCGGAAGUCCCUCCGCAAGGGCCCAGGCAUCCUGAACGACGUCCUGAAGACAAUGGAGGUGAAACAGAUUCCAGAUGCCAACAUCUUCGUGGAUCUUUUGCCGUUGAUGCUCCAGAUCAACCCCUUGGAUAGAAUAACCAUCAGGGAUGUGAUUGACAUCACCUUCGUAAAGAAUUCAUUCAAGUCCUCGUGUGUCACUCUGUUCCUGCACAGGCCGAUGGUCCCUGAAUUCAUCACUGACACGCUGUUAGGAAGCAAUAUCGCCAGCAUCUUAGAAGUCAUGCAGAACUUCUCUAGCCAACCUGAAGUCCAGCUCCGGGCCAUGAAGAAGCUUCUGAUGAUGCCUGAAGAUGAGCUAGGUCUGCCGUGGCCCCUGGAGCUGGUGGAAGUGGUGGUGGCCAUCAUGAGGCAGCAUGAGCGGAUUGCUGACGUGCAGCUGUGUGCCUGCUCCCUGCUGCUGCGCUGCCUGAGCCAAGGGCUGCUGCGGGACCCAGAAGCUGAGGUGCCAUGUGACAGUGCUGUCCUCUCCACCCUCCUGAGCACCCUGAAGAGCCACCCCAAACUGGAGCAGCUCACUGCCUCUAUCUACAGCCUGCUGACCAUCACCACCAGCCAGGCAUCGGCCUUGGAGGAGCUGCAGAAGGCUGGGCUGUUCGAGCACAUCCUAGAGCACCUGGACAGCUCUCGCAAGAACAGGGAUAUGUGCAUCAAUGGCCUGGGCCUGCUCUGGUCCCUCUUGGUGGAUGCUGUCAUUGUGGACAAGGACCCCCUGGAGAAGGCCCCGGCCCUCAUCAUCCAGGUGUUGGGCUCCUACCCCACGGAUACAGAGAUGGCUGAAGCCGGCUGCGCAGUGCUCUGGCUGCUCUCCUUGCUGGGCUGCAUAGGAGAGAGCCAGUUCGAGCAGGUGGCAGCAGUGUUCCUGCGAAGCAUCCACCUAUGCCAAGACAGAGUCCUGCUGGUGAACAACGCCUACCGGGGCCUGGCCAACCUGGCCAAAGUGUCAGAGUUGGUGGCCUUCCAGGUGGUGGUGCAGGAGGAUACCGGAGGCCUUGGCCUCAUCAAGGAAACCUACCAGCUCUACAAGGAUGACCCAGAGGUGGUAGAGAAUGUUUGCAUGCUGCUGGCUCACCUGGCUUCCUACAAGGAGAUCUUGCCAGAGCUGGUGUCCCAAGGAGUCCAGACCUUGGCCCAGGAGGUCCAGGAGCGCUUCACCUCCAGCCUGGAGCUGGUUUCUUACGUGGAAAAAGUGCUCCUGAGGCUGGAGGUGGCCACACCCUCCACUGAUGCUGGGCAGGAGGCAGGCCUCCCACCAUAAUAAGUACACUCUCCCCCUGCCCUAAGUGCCCAUCCUUCCUUUCCCUGCCUAGGGAGGGAGGCAAUGUUGCCCUGGGGGUUGGUGGGGUGUGGCAGAAGGAAGAUGGUCACCAGGACCAGCAGGUUUAUCUCUGAGCUGACUAAUAAAGAGGCCC